AUGAUCAAGAGUCUCAAGAAUUUCACGGACGCUGAGGAGAUCCUGCAGAAGUACGGAGCUGAUGCGCUGCGUCUGUACCUCAUCAAGCCGCCUGUGGUGUUUGCCUCCGUUCCUGAACGUGAGGCUGCUCUGGAUUCCUCGGUCGUGUUGGACUCGUGGAUCAUUGCCGGCUUGAACAACCUGAUCAAGUUUGAACACAAAGUGAUGAAUCGACAACCGAUCCCCGUUGGCACCAAGCCCUGCGUUAAAACCGUACGGAAUGUUCGGUCUGAAAUCGACUGGCCAAAAGACUCCAAGCUCUUCCCGGUUAAAGUCUGCAAUAAGCCUGUUCAGCAGGUCGUGUUCCGGCUGCCAUGUUAG